CCUCCCUCUCACUUCGAGAGCAGACGCCUCGCCUCGUGAGCAGGACCCAGUUGCUGCUCAGCACCCUGGGCCUCAGUCGCUUGGGCUCUGGCGCCUCACGAUGUCUGAGCAGGAUUAUAUUAUUGUCACUGUUGAUGAGGACUCUGAUGUAGAGAUUAUCUCGGAUGCUGCUUCCACUGAUGACGUCUUGGAAGAACUAGAUGAUGAGCGUAGCAGUGAAGGUGAAGAUUAUGCUGAUGAAGAUGAGCAAGCAGGUGCACCAGUGAACCAUCCAGGAAGAACCAACCCUAAUUCAAUGGGUGAUGAUCCAUUGUGUGGAAAACCACAAGUAUUUCUAGAGGGCAAAUACAAGACUCUACAAGGACUUGUUGAAAACAUGAACAAACAGAUUUUCCACCUUUGUGAUAUUGUUUCAGUAAUGAAAAAGUCUUCUGGAAACAUUAGAUGCGGAAAUGACAGUGCCUCAUUACCAGCAGACAGGCAGGAAAUCCAGGCUCUAGGAAAUUCCUUUCAGCUGGAGGAUUUUCCUGAACUCCAGCAGUCUGACUCCGAGAAUAGUCCACUGCUUUCCAAAAUUGUUUCCACGUGUUCAUUACAGUUGGCUGCUGAACCAGGUAGCAGUGCUGCCCCGCCUGUCAAUGCCAGUAUAACCAUACCUGAAGAAGUUCCACCACCAGGAGAAGCCAUUAUGGUAAAUGCUGAUGAUGUGGGUGGUUACCCAGCAUUGCUGCGAAAGCAGAUUGUGAUCCGACACACUCCCUCAACAUCUACUGAACCUGAGAGAAUUGUACUUACAGAAGUGCCAUAUUCUGCAGAAAAUGUGGCAAUUGACAACUCUGCCAGAAGCUUUUUUCCAACUUUCGUGGGCAACAUCACUAGCUCCAAUGAUGCUUCUGCCACUUCCAGUCGUGAAAUGGUGACCAGAGAAAGAAGUGGUCUGAAAAAGACAUGGCAGCUGGCAAACUAUCAGGAUUCAGCAGAAAAUGAUAGUGAUGACGAUACUCAUUCAUUUUUGUUCAUGCCUGUGUGUUUUGGACAAAGGCCAUCUGAGACAACUAUCCCAAAUCUAGUAGAAGAAGAUGACAGCAAUCAAAAUGAUCACGGACUACCUGUCAUCAUCAACCAGGCACCUACACAAAUGGCGGAGGCAGCAGAACUUAACACCAGAAAAAAUACUGCCACAGUGAAUGCCACAGGUGUCGCAGGUGCUGCAGAGAACAACAGAAUUGUACUGGAGAAUAAUGGCAACUUGUAUUCCUUCUUCUCUGCUGCUCCUCCUGCUACCAGUUUUGGAUACCUUGGUAACCCCAGAAGACAGGUCAAGAUGCUGAAUAUUCAUUUGUUGACUGCACAGCGGAAGAACAACCCUAAGCAGGCAGCCCGCUACCUGGUUCGGCAUUUGUUCCCCAGGGAAGUGUUGAUUGCGAGCUCAGUGAAUGCCAGUUGCCGAGACCGCCCACAUCUGGAUCCCAACAAAAUGGCUGCAGUGCGAGAGUAUCUGGCCACAAUGUUUCCCAUGUAUGAUUUGAAUGAAAAUGGAAAAGAGUGGAAAGCCUGCAUUGCCAAUGUUGCUUCUCUGAUCCGCUACUUAAAUUCUGAAGCCCAAAGAAUCCGGCACAACACUGUUGACGGCUUCAGGCUGCCUUGUUUGUCGAUGACCAUGAAUUGGAAUUAUGCUGGGGCUGCAGUGCCCCAGGACAGAUUUCAGCUUCCUCAGCAGAUGCAUGACCCAGAAGAAAGAGAAAAUGGCAAUUCUGUGCCAAAUAGAAAUGCUAUGCCUGAAGAUGUGAGAAACCUUCUCACCGAUAGUGCAGCCAACACAAGUGAACCACUGGAAUAUCUUGGAGAUCCAAAUAGAAAUAUACGGGUGCCAUCUUCAUUAAUCAGUAUGGCCAAAAGCAAGUCUUGCCCGGAGCAGUCAGCCAGAUUCCUUAUUCGCCACCUGUUCCCAGAGGAAGUCUUGAUCAGAAGUCACAUCUAUGGAAAUACUGCGCAAGGCAUUUGUGCCCUCAGCCCUGACAUAAUUAAUGGUCUCCGAGAAUUUCUCAACGAUGCCUACCCAGGCUUGGAUGUCUCAGAGAACAGCUUUUGCUGGAAGCUGUGCAUGGCCUCCAUCAAUGACUACAUCGGCAGUCUUCGCUUUGACCGUGAGAGGUUCCCAAGUUUCACAUUUUUCCAAAAUGGAAGCCCAGACAGCCCAGCUGAGUGA